AAAGAUAUGGCCGAUGCUGAAACGCGUUUAUUAAACGCAAAUCUCAAUGGAAUUUAAAACUGCAAAAACUCUCAAGGACGAAAAAUCUCCGACGAUUACAACUGACAUAACACCGCUCGAUAAAUGUCUGCGAGGUGGCAUUAGACCAGGCAAAGUAUACGAAUUGGUCGGCAAACCAGGUACAGGAAAGACCCAAUUAUGUAUGAAGCUCUGCUUAAAUGUUCAAAUACCCAGGUAUGCUUGUGGUUUAGCGGGCAAGGCAUUAUAUUUUGAUACCCGUAAGGAUUUUAAUCCAGCUAGACUAAAAGAGUUGGCCGAAGACCUUGCUGCGCGUCUCAGAUGCACAUCUAAAUCAGCACUCACAGCAGCCCAAAUGCUGCAGAAUGUGUAUUAUAUAGACUGCCGCAAUACUGCUCAACUUUUGGCUGGCUUAUUGAAUUGCCAUAAGUACCUAGAGAAGGAGCCCAAUAUAAAACUGAUCAUAGUUGAUUCAAUAUCGUUUGCAAUUCGUAUGGUAAAUAACGUCUCCGAUCGCACAGAACUCCUGAUGGAAGUACACGAUGGUAUGCGUCAACUGCAGCGGAUGCACGAUGUAGCUUUCGUCCUAACUAACAAUCAAGGAUAUCGACGGCGAAUGAGUCGCUUUCAAUUAGAGGCCGUCCUAGGUCAAAAGCAUUCGCAAUUGAUAAAUAAACGCAUCUGGCUUACAGAAAACGAAUGUUUUGUAGGAAAAAGGUCGAAAACAAAGAGAUUAAUUUGCAAAUUAUUUAAAUACACAUUAUAAUCAGGCGUUUUUAAAUAAAAAGUCUGAUUGGGUUAGCUUGCAUACUAUU